GGAAGUACGAAGACAGAACAAGCUCUCCUGAAAACGCCAGACUAAGAAAACACAUCUGUGCACAUCAUGUCUGAUAAACCUGACCUCACCUGCCCUAUUUGCUCCGACAUUUUCCAAGAGCCUGUUAUCUUGUUGUGCAGCCACAGUUUUUGCAAAGGCUGCCUCUCAAACUGGUGGACCAAAAAACCUAGCCGUGAAUGUCCGGUUUGCAAGGUACCAUCGUCGCUGCAGCAUCCGCCUCGCAACUUGGCUCCGAAGCACCUGUGUGAGGCCCAUGUGCAAAGCCAUCCAGAGGAGAACUGUGAUCUACACUCUGAGAAACUCAAGCUGUUCUGUUUACACGACCUGGAGCCAAUCUGUGUUGUGUGUAGAGACUCCUCCGCGCACAAGGAUCACGGUUUCAAGCCUGUGAUUGAGGCAGCUACUGAGAAUCGAGACGUGAUCCGCACGUCCUUGCAACCGCUUGAAGAAAAACUCAAAAUCCUACGAGAGUUCAACAUCUGCUGUGCUCAGACCGUGGACCAUAUCAAGAAGCAAGCCCAAGAUACCCAGAAGCAGAUCCGUGAGGAUUUCAAGAAGCUGCAUCAGUUUCUGGUGGAGGAUGAGGAGACCAGGAUCAUGGCUGUGAAGGAGGAAGAGGCGCAGAAGAUUCAGAGCGUGAAGACCAAAAUGAAGGCUGUGAGUAGAGAGAUAAAAGCUCUGUCAGAAACCAUCAAAGCCACAGAGGAUCAGCUGAGAGCCACAGACGUCUCCUUCCUGCUGGAAUACAAGGCUUCAGUGGAAAGAGUUCAGCUCUGCCCCCUGCAGGAGGAACCACAGCUGGCUCCAGAAGCUCUGCUAGACCAGGCCAAACAUCUGGGCAACCUGAUCUUCAACAUCUGGACCAGUAUGAAGAAACUGGUGGAGUACAGGCCUUUUGUUCUCGAUCCUAACACAGCCCAAGGAGAGCUGCUUUUGUCCAGUGAUCUGACCAGUGUGAGCCAUGACACCAAGAAGAACCUCCCAGAUAAUCCUGAGAGGUUUGAUAAGUUUCUGUCUGUGCUUGGGUCUGAAGCUUUUGACAGCGGCGCUCACAGUUGGGUUGUUGUCGUGGAGAAGAAUUCAAACUGGCUUCUGGGUGUUGUCUCAGAGUCGUUCCAGCGAAAAGGAAGCAUGUGCUCCGACUCGGGCUUGUGGAGGAUCAGUUUGUGUGGGGACGAAUGCUAUGCUUUCUCCACGCCCAACGUUGCCGUCAAACUCUCCCUGAAGAAUAAGCCUACAAAAAUCAGAAUAACCUUGGAUUUUAAGAAAUGGAAAUUGUCAUUUUGCGAUGCGGAUACAAAGGCAUGCAUCCAUACGUUCACGUAUAAUUUCAAGGAGAAGAUCUAUCCCUUCUUUAACACUACUGAUAAAACGCCUCUGAGAAUUGAACCUCAGGAGCCGCCCGAAAACAAGAACUCACAGUGGUGGUGGUUUUAUUAAGGGGGGGGGGGGGGUCUUUUACUUCUAUGGGGUAUUAACUGGU